AUGUGGCUGAGAAAUUUAGCAUUAUCAUUCUUUUCAAUUAACCCUGAAUCCAUCAAUUUAUCGCAGAAAAGGUGGAAUAUUUCAUGCCCCCUCGAUACUCCCCUAACAUGUGGAAAUGAAACAAGCAUAGCAGACCAAUGUUGCUUUGAAUACCCGGGAGGUAUAUUCUUACAGUCUCAAUUUUGGAAUUAUCUGCCGAGGAGGGCUGGUAUGAAUCAAACCGAGCUUGAGGAUGAAUUAGGCCCUCUGGAAUCAUUUACCAUUCAUGGAUUAUGGCCCGAUGAUUGUCAUGGUAGUUAUGAACAAUUCUGUGAUUCUUCAUUGUUUAUUGAUGAUGUUUAUUAUUUAUUGAAACAGUUUGGUGAUGAAGGCGUUGAAUUACUUGAGAAACUAGAAACUUAUUGGAAAAGUAACAAUGGGAACCAUGAGUCGCUUUGGAUUCAUGAGUUCAAUAAGCAUGGUUCAUGUAUAAGAAACAUAAGGCCCGAAUGUUACGAGAGAUGGGACAGUGGUAAGAAGGAAACCAAAAAAUAUUACUCGAGAUUAGCUGUUUUCGAUUACUUUAAUAUUACGUUUACCUUAUUUGAUAAGUUGAAUACUUUUGAAAUAUUGGCUAGCAAAAAUAUUACACCUAGCAUAGAAAGACAAUACUCUAAGAAAGAGAUCGAAGAAGCGUUAAAGACUGCAUUCGGUGACCGGGAAGUUUUUAUUAAUUGUGAUAAUAGGAAUGCAUUGAAUGAAAUUUGGUAUUACCAUUUAUUAAACGGUACAAUAUUGAAUGAAGAUUUCGUUCCCAUUGACUCUACUAGAAAUAUCAGAUUCUCCAGAUGUAAAGAUGAGGGAAUAAACUAUUAUCCUAAGGGAUAUAUUCCCUCAAAAGGUGGAAAGCCACCUUCCAAAUCUAAAACCCGUGGAAUAAUAAGACCUGAAAUCAUUAGUGAGGAUAAUGAUCUGAAUGAAAAGGGUUUCUUGAUUAGAGACGGAAAGUGGAUGAUAAAGGGCACACCGGCAAAUUUCGAGUUAAUAGAAGCCACAUUUGGAAAUUAUAUGCUGAAGUCACGUAAUGGAUAUUGUGCUGUUGACUCUAAUAGUGAAUUAAGAUGUGUUUACAAGGACAAAAAAUAUGCAAGUCAGUUCGAUCUUCAAUACAAUGAAUCAGAGAAAUCCACAUACGUUGGAUAUUCUGGACAAUUCGAAUGGGGGACAUCAACAAAACCGUCAGGCCGUACUAGAAAACCUGUGUUUAUGUGGAAGGGCAAUAGUGAUGGAUCAUUAAAUGUAAAGAUAAAUCUUAAAUUUGUUGAGCUAUGA